CCUCUGAUGAAUUUGAAAGCUUAAAAAAAAGUUGUUCCAGACUUCCUGAUGCUUAUGGCUGUUUAGGAGUUCUACAAAUGUAUCAAGGUGAUGUGACAAUUUCUUAUCUUGUGCUGGUGAAUAGCUGCCUCUCAGUUGGCAAAGUUCUAGGCAGUGAAAUAUUCCGAGUAACUGAAACUAAUUUCGUGUCUUUACGCAACAAUCCCAUGGAUAUUGAAAGAAUACAAGAAGUUCGUAAAGUUUUGAAUUCUGGCACCUUCUACUUCUCCUGGUGUACCAGUGGCCGGCCUCUCGAUUUGACUCUCUGCGAACAACGGGCUCAUGCAUCUAGUGAAUCAGAUAACAGAUUUUUUUGGAAUAAGACAAUGCACAUUAAUUUCCUUACUAAUGGUAUUAACUGUGAUGAGUGGCUGCUCAAAGUUAUUUGCGGUGGCAUUGAGAUUCGCACAAUUUAUGUGGGACAUUUACAAGCUCGUGGCUGCAUUAUUUCAAGACUUAGUUCUGAGAGGGCUGGUACCCGAUUUAACGUAAGAGGUACAAAUGAUGAUGGUUGUGUGGCAAACUUUGUAGAAACAGAACAGGUCAUAUAUUUGGAAGACAGAGUUUGCUCAUAUGUACAAAUUCGGGGAUCAGUUCCUUUAUUUUGGGAACAGCCAGGCUUACAGGUUGGAUCUCACAAAGUGAAACUAUCUAGAGGAAGUGAAGCAGCAGCUCCAUCAUUUGACAGGCAUUUAACACAAAUCUUAAACCGCUAUGGUGAUCAAGUUAUACUUAAUUUACUUGGCUCAAAAGAAGGUGAAGCAAUGCUAAGUAAAAUGUUUCAAAGUCACCACAAAGUCUCACGCUAUUGUAAAAACAUUCCCUACAUUGCUUUUGAUUAUCAUGCUGAAUGUCGUGGAGGACGAUAUGAAAAUAUAAAUAUUCUGGGAAAGAAAAUAGCUCAUCAGCUUGAAAGUUUUAGCUUUUUCUACAAAGAUUCAGAGGGAGCUCAAAAUCUCCAGAAAGGAACAUUCCGUACUAAUUGUUUAGAUUGUCUAGACCGAACAAAUAAUGUUCAGACUUAUAUUGGGUUAGAGAUAUUACAGCAUCAACUGCACCACCUAUCGAUUGGUGAUCAGCCACAAAUUCUUUCUCGAUUUAGUGAAGUAUUCAAACAAAUGUGGAUUCAAAAUGGUGAUCAAGUUUCAAAAAUGUAUGCUGGGACAGGCGCUUUGGAAGGCAGGUCCAAACUUAAAGAUGGCUCUCGCUCCGUAGUAAGAACAAUACAAAACAAUCUUCUUGACAGCAGUAAACAAGAAGCGAUUGAUCUGCUUUUACUUGGCAACUUACUCUAUAAUGAUAUAGCAGAAAGAGCACGAAUGGUUCUUCCACCAAGCAUGCUUAACUUUCCGCCUGGAUUUUUAAGAACAUUUUAUGAAAAAAGAGUUGAAUUUACAUCACCGUUUAGAAUUAAACUUGGCGUUGCUACUUGGAAUGUCAAUGGUGGGCAACAUUUUACAAGCAUAGUAUUUAAACAUCAAUCUAUGACGGAAUGGCUCUUAGAUUGCCCGAAGUUGUCUUCAAAAUCAAGUUUAAUAGAUGUAACAGCAAGUGAAGAAAAUAGUGCUGUUGAUAUCUAUGCAAUUGGGUUUGAAGAAAUUGUUGACUUAAAUGCUAGCAACAUUGUUUCUGCAAGUUCUGAGAAACAAAGAGAAUGGAUGACAGAAUUGCAGAAAACUAUAUCGAGAAACAAUAAAUAUAUUUACAUAACAUCUACUCAACUUGUUGGAGUCUGUCUUUUCGUGUUUGCAUUACCAAAGCAUGCACCAUUCAUAAGGGAUGUUUGCAUUGAUGCAGUGAAAACUGGACUUGGUGGGACCACUGGGAACAAAGGGGGAGUAGGCAUUCGCAUGUCUGUCUAUAACACAUCCAUGUGUUUUGUUUGUGCUCAUUUGGCAGCUGGACACUCACAAAUAUUUGAGCGUAAUGCAGAUUAUCAAGAAAUUUCAAAAAAGCUAUCAUUCCCAAUGGGCCGUAAUUUAGACUCUCAUCAUUAUAUAUUUUGGUGUGGAGAUUUCAAUUAUAGGAUUGAUUUACCUAAUGAUGAAGUAAGAAAACUUGCAAAAGCAGGAAAUUAUGCUGCUCUACUUGCUGCAGAUCAAUUAAAAAGUGCUCAGCAAGCUAGGCAGGCAUUCGAAGGUUUUACUGAAGGUCCAAUAAACUUUCCCUGCACCUACAAGUAUGACGUUUUUAGUGAUGAUUAUGAUACUAGUGAGAAGAACCGCAUUCCAGCAUAUACAGAUCGUGUUCUUUAUAAGAAAAGCACCCUGCCUUACGAAAAUGAUGAGGAUCUGGGGCGAAUUUCAUUUUAUGGACGUGCAGAGCUCAAAACAUCAGACCAUCGGCCUGUUAUUGCUUAUGUGGAUAUUAAUGUUGCGGUUAUAAAUGGCCCCAAACGACUUGAAGUCUUUCAGUCUUUAUUAGAGUCUGGACCUCCUGACGGCACUGUUAUCAUUCAUAUUGAAAACUGCAACGCUACAGAUGAAUUUAAAUACCAGCUGUUAGAAAGACUAUUUAAAGAGAAGAAUGCAUCUAUAAGAAUCUUUCAGUUUGAUAUUUUAGUCUGUUUUGAAACUGGAAAAGAUGCCAUAGAAGCUUUGGAUUAUAACAAUAAGGAGAUCGAUGGCUGCUUACUUAGAGUUCGAUUGAAAUCCCCAGAAUGGCAAGCCAGCAUCUGCAAAAUUUUAAAACUUUGCCAAAAUAACACAACACCUCUAUUGUCAAACAUAUUGCCACCUAAGCCAUCUGAUGAAGAAUCCACUUUUUAUGAAUUAUUAAAUGAGGAUAACAACCCCGAUUCAGCUGAUAGUAGUGAACUGAAUGAUCACGUUUUGAAUACCUUGGAUUGUCAUAAAGAAUGGCAUGCUAUUGCUGAUGAUGGUUCUAAAUGUAAUUCUCCUGUAAAAGUUCCUCCUCGUCCUCCAGCUCCAGUGCGUCCUCCAGCAAGUGCUCCAAUGCGUCCUCCACCUCCUCAGAGGCCUCAACCACCAGAGAAAAAUGUAAUCCAAACUCCAAAGUAUGAAAGUGAGGAAUGCCAAGAACAUACUACCAUAUCAAAUAAUGAUCCAGGAGAUAAUUAUAAAUCUUGUCCUCCACCAUCUGCACCUCCCCCUCCACCCCCAGAUUUAAGUGCUAUCGAGAAAAGUGUUAGCAAAAAGAAAGGAGAAAGUGCUGUUGAAGGUUCUGAUGGUGUAACUGCGAUGGCACCCCCCAUUCCUUCUCGUCCAAAAGCACCUAACAGAUCAUCUGUAGGACCACCUUCAUUACCAGCUCGACCAACUCAGCCGCCAGCAUAUCUACCACCAGUUGCUCCAAGGAAGUCGACACAGUAGUCUUAGUCAUACUAAAUUGAAAGUCAUCAUACUAAAUUAUUAGAGCCUCAAAUGUUAAAUGUGCAAUACUAAUUUAUGAAGAAUGUGAAAUAUUUUGAAUUUUUACUGUUGAUUAUUCUUAAUUUUAUUAUUUUUUAUAUAUUUAUAAUUUUGUACUUAGAUGUAAUGAAUAUUUAAAUUUAUUUUUACUAUUUAUGUUUUAUACAUACUUUUUAGAAUUAAUUAUUUAUGCGAUUAAUUUAUUACAUUAUUUAUUUUAGGAUUUUUAAAUUAUUUACAGUUCUGAUUAACAAAGAAAGAUUCUAUAUUAAAUUAGAGAAUUUAAUUCAAAAAUUGUUGCAAUCUAUUUGUCUGUGAAGAAUGUGUAUACAAAUAAAAUCAUGUUUAUAGAUGUUUAAAUGUUGUUUAAAGUUGUAAUUCGUGUAUGGAAGAGUAAAAAUUUAAUUUCUUUCUGUAAAUCUGUUGAUUGUUUAAGGAAUUUAGAACUACAAUAAAUGCUUAACUUUC